UGCCCAUCCCCAGCUAGCUCCCAUCCCUUCUCCAGGACAGGACUUUGGUUCUUCUGCCACAUUGCUGACUCUGGGUUUUUCCCCCACAGCUCUCCCGCUCACUGUCAUGUCCACUCCGCUGGAGGAUGCCAUGAACACCUUCAUCAGGAUUUUUCAUCACUACUCUGGCAAAGAAGGUGACAGAUACAAGCUGAGCAAAAGAGAACUCAAGGAACUCCUCACCAGGGAGCUCACUGACUUCCUUUCUGGACAAAAUGAUCCUCAUCUUGUUGAUAAGAUUAUGAAUGAUCUGGAUUCCAAUAAAGACAAUGAAGUGGAUUUUAAUGAAUUUAUGACUCUGGUUGCAACUCUGACUGUGGCUUGUAAUGAUUUCUUUGAAGAACAGCUAGAAGAAGGAUUUUAA